CAUCCAGCAAGGAUCUGAACUCACUCAGCAAACACACACAUACACACGGUGGAAGUGGAGCAAGCUGUAAGCGGACAGCCGGGGGCUUCUCCCUGUAGCCGGGGGUCUCGCUGACUGAAAUGUGAACAGAGUUUACAGGCGGGGGGAGUCCCUGAAAUUCACUAGGCGCCAACAUGGAAAUGGACAACAGCUGGGAAAGGCUGGUGUACAUGACACUGUGUGCCAAGAGAUGGAGUGAUGAGUGAUACCAGAGCUGGGGUUUCAGCAGCGUCUCAUUCUCCCAGCAAUCCCUCAUCUUACAGAAGGGUCAGGAGAAUUGUGAAGGAAAUUGAAGACGCCCUUAGUCAGAUCCCUCAGAGUUCUGCAAGCAAAGGUCUCUGUGUGUACAAGUGGCCUCCAACCAGGAACUUGGGCGAGGUCCAAUCAGCUGGGGCCUCGAGGGGAGGCCUACCACCGGCUGCAGCAGUGGAGCACUCUUUCCGAGUCUCUCCAAGUAAAACGGGCCUGAAUGAUACAAGGCUGCUUGGAUACAAGGCUCCAGGGAGGGGGGUGUCUGCACCUCAAAAUGGGUCCGGCGUAAAGAAACCGCUACAGAAAAUGCACUCGGUGGGUACUGUACCCAACCUCGGAGAUCGAAUCAGCUCCCGACACCACAGCGUCAACAUUAAACAAAAGAUCUCGCAAUGGGAGGGGAAAUCAAAUGUCAGCAAGGAUAAAAGCCCACCCCCAGAGUGCGGGUGCCUGUUCGAUGCAAAGGCUGAAGGCCCAGUAGGUGGCAACAAGCGCGGCCUAGUCAAGGCUAAAAGCCUAGGCCUGGAUUUCAGGGAAGGACAAAGUACAAAUGACCAAAAGGUCAAACAUGCAGAUGAGAAAAACUGGGGCGAGCCAAACUCAAGGGGAACUGGUUCUGUGAUACCUCAGGUGAAAAAGAUGGAGAAUUUGGUGCAGAAUACUUCAGAUACUGGCAAGUUACUACCUCCGGGGAAUUUUUAUACAUCCAAGAAUUUCUGGAAGAAGAAGAUGGAAGAUGUUCUACAAGAUAAGAAUGCAUUAAGUGCUGCUGAGCUGAAAAGAAAACGCGAAAGCACCAGCUCAACAGAAAAGGAAUUAGAUUUGCAGAUCUUUGAGAGCAGAGAGAGAACCAUUCGGAGCCCAGACAAUGUGUAUACGGAUGAGGAAACUGAUGGAUCACGUCAAAUCAAUCCGGUCCCUAAACCCCGCAGAACCUUUAAAUAUGCUGUAGAUAAAAAUUCCCGGGGCUCGUCCCCUCCAGCGAAACCAAUGGCAACGAAAGGAAAUGCUUGCUCCCCACCCCCUCUGCCAUCUCACCCACCUCCUCCGGCUAAGAUCAUGGGCAUGAAACCACAACCAAUAAAGAGCAAAAGGAAAUCCUUUGAGUUUGAGGAUGCACAGGGCCUUCAGAUUCUCCUGACACCAGCAAUGAGUGGAAGCAAUGCUAUCGAAGAUGACAACAAGGUGAAAGUGACACUUGCCCAUACAGUGUCUGAAGAGAAUCUGUAUGAGGAUAUUAUAAGUCUUUCCAAGGAGAAUCCAUAUGAAGACAUCAAGUUCACCCCGUCACUUCUGUUGAGAGGGAAGAGAGUCUGGGGAUCACCAACCACACGCCCCAGGAGACCUCCCAAGCUUCCACCCAAACCUGCCAGCCUCCUGGGCCAAGCUCAGGAGAGUAAAAGCUGGAAGCCUGCAGAGCUGAGGAAGAUCAGCAAGGAGAACACAUCGCCGCUGCUUCGGUAUAACCUCCAGCCACCUGCUGGAACCCACGAGGAUCCCAUCAGUGGCGAUGCCUUUGUGAAAAAGAGAAAAAGGAUCCCAGCGUUGGUUCUGAAGAUACAGGCAGUGUACGAUAUGAAGAGAGGAAAGAAAAAAGUGAAAGCUCUGAGCUCUUCAGGAUCCGACUCCACGCCCGUGAAAGAUGACAACAGUGAGACAGAGAGCGAUACAGAGGAACAAAAGAAAGCUCACAAUCAGCGUUUGGUAUAUGUGCAUUCAACAUUGAAAAGAAACACUCGCUAUCAAACCCUUGAGCGGGAUUUAUUCGAAUUACAGGAGCAGAAGCUUUUUGAAUACUUUGUGGUGGUCUCACUUCGCAAGAAAGCUUCGAUAAACAUAUACGAACCUCAGGUCACGCAGCAGUUUCCCAGUAAGCUGGAGAAGUCGACAAGGCAAGCCCGUGAUGCUGAAGAAAGGCUAAAAGCUAUUCCUCAGUUCUGCUUUCCUGAUGCCAGCGAAUGGGUUGCAGUCUCUCAGUUGACCAGUGAAACCUUCUCCUUCGUUUUGACUGGUGAGGAUGGGAGCAGAAGGUUUGGGUACUGUCGGAAACUCUUGCCGAACGGGAAAGGGAAAAGGUUGCCAGAGGUUUACUGUAUCAUCAGUCGGCUCGGUUGCUUCAAUCUCUUCUCGAAGAUUCUGGACGAAGUGGAGAAACGAAGGGAGAUCUCCCCGGCCCUCGUCUACCCAUUCAUGCGCAGCGUGAUGGAGGCUCCGUUUCCAGCACCAGGCCGAGUUAUCACCGUCAAGAACUUCCUGCCAGGGUCAGGGAACGAGGUGAUCGAACUAUGUAGACCCAUGGAUUCAAGACUGGAGCACGUUGACUUUGAAUGUCUCUUCGGUUGUUUGAACGUCCGGCAUGUAAUCCACGUGUUUGCUUCGUUGCUUUUGGAGCGGAGAGUGAUUUUCAUUGCAGACAAGCUCAGCACUCUCUCUAAGUGUGGCCAUGCAGCUAUCGCCAUGUUGUACCCAUUUACCUGGCAGCACACCUACAUUCCCGUGCUUCCGGCGGUCAUGAUCGAUAUCGCUUGUUCUCCCACUCCUUUCCUUAUCGGAAUUCUUUCAAGUUCGGUGCCUCAGUUGAAUGACCUGCCCAUAGAGGAGGUGUUGGUGGUUGAUCUAUGCGCUGACAGAUUCCUGCGACAAAUGAAUGAUGAAGAUUCCAUUCUUCCACACAAGCUACAAGCUGCACUGGAGCAGAUCCUUGAGCAGCGAUCAGAAAUGCUGACUGUGCGAGAGGAUGUGGACAAUGCAGAUGGCCUGUGCUCCCUCAGUACCCUGGUUUCAGAAGCUUGCGUUCGCUUCUUUGUGGAGAUCGCUGGGCACUACUCCCUGCACAUGGUGGUCAAUGACAAGGGUGAGCGGUCCUUUCAGAGAGAGGCCUUUCGCAAGUCCCACACCUCCAAGAAUGUGCGGCAGUUCCUGGAGCUUUUCAUGGAGACCCAGAUGUUCGCUGGCUUCGUGCAGGACAGGGAGCUAAGGAAAAGUGGGGUCAAAGGUCUCUUUGAGGUGCGGGCUGCGGAAUAUCUGGAGACUAUUCCUGAAACGGGACCGAGUGGUGUCAACAGGUUUCUGAAAGGCCUGGGGAACAAAAUGAAAUUUCUUUCCAAGAAAUGAGAAAUCCAGUGACACAAACAUUCCACUACUCUGGAUCCCCAAGACCGAGCAUCGUCUAACCGUGCCCUGUGAGAGACUCCUGGUUACACACCCACUUUCGCUGGUCAUUGUGGGCAACUGGAGAAACCACGGGGUAGUGUUGUUUGCAUGGAGCUGGAAUUUUGCCGCCGCACGCACAAAGUUCCUGCGCUGAGAUUGCACGGGACGGCCACAGCAUAGAAACCCCCACUGGACGAUGUGCUCUGUUCUGACAUUGAAGGUUUCCGACACACUCUAUAUGAGGGUGUGCCCCAGCUGUGGUGAAGCAAAAUGAAUUGGGAGGUUGAUCACAAGAGCAAUGUGAAUAAAAGAGGCCAUUGGAACUAAAUAAUCCCACCCUCGCAGCAUCCAGCCCUUUUUCCAAAAGCUCCCCAUGUCGUCGUUGAAGUUUCUGUCACUCCCUGAUUUUUGCUGCAUAAUGGACAUGUCAUACCUUCUCUAAAUGUGCCUUUCACAGAUCGAUCCUGUAAUUACACGGUGAAAUAAUUGGUAUGAUAAUGACUGGUGUUGCCUAGUGCAUUAGGUCUAUCAGACUGGGCCCUAUACAAAGAGGACAAUGACAUGGUCCCCUUGUACAUAGAGUGAUAGGAUGCUACAAUGUAGCCUGUGCCCACCAACCCUGGCCUUUCCUUUUCUCUAUCAGACAGCGGUUGGAUUAAAUGGCAGUUCCAUAUGAAUCUGUGUCCACAGGAAUAGAUCUGAGUACCUGCCAGAGAUGGGCUUAGCCUCCAGCCUAGAUUUUGAGCAGGAAGGGGAAUCUUCCAAUCAUUCCUCUGUUACACUCCCCUUUAACAGCUCCAAAAAUAGCAUCACAUUUUAAAUGUUAUUUUUAAAAAUUCAUCAAAACAUGAAAUAGGCGUUGUUUGGAAGUCACAGCUUCUCAGUGGAAAGCUGCAGGAAGUAUUACUCAGUAGCUGACUCAGCGUCUGUAACUGAGGCCUCACUGGGAAAUUCCCAUCACCAGAGCCCCAUUUAUUCCGGACAAAUCCUCUUGCCUUUCCUAAAAGUGUCAAAUAUUAAUCCUGUACCUAAAGGGCAUAGUUAUACCUUGAAGUACUGCUUAUCAAAAGUGGACCACAUAACUCUGUAGCUCAACAUUUUAUCAGCAAAACUAUUCCAAGGACAGCCCUGAAGUGGCUGUUGUUAUUUUUGACUCUGUCCCUGAAUCCCGCCACUAACCCACACUCUUAUCAGCCUGGAUCCUGUGCAGCCCUAGGGAACCCAGUCCAAUGUCACCUCUUCUUGAAUGUUCCAGUCACAACAUUCCUCACUUGUCUUUCUCCCUCACUGGAUAGUAACCUCACACUGCCCCCUAUAGUCAGGGGGCCAACUGAUAAAGCCACUUCCAUGUGAACGAGAUCAGUUAAGGACACAGACUGGGGCUUGAUCAGAUCGGAUAGUCCCUAUUACUCAGAAGCAUAGGGCAACUACUCAAGCUUGAACUAUAUGAGAGACAUUCAUGAUUCUGCACCUUACUGGACUGUCACAGUGUAGUGGAAGUUGAUGGGAAUUAGGUUAUUGUCAGGACUGAUAUGUGGUGGUGGGGUGGUGGGGGUGUGCAAAUCCUGCAUUAAUGUUUUAAUCCAAUCCGCAGUGCUUCAUGCACCAUACACUUCUGGUCUUUGAAUCCCAGCGUUUGAGUGCUUUACUGAGAUUAACAUGCAGCAAACUGUGGAUGGGUUUGAUGUCAUUUUUAAAAAACAGUUUUUAAUAAGCUAGCGUGGUGAAGUUUAAUAGUGAAGUGUCUGAAUUAGAUUAAGGCAGUGCUUACUGUAUUCCCCCUAACAUAGAGACCAGUUUAAACAAUGAGUGACACUGCAGGUCCAGUCAGAUAUCAGCUAAAACAAUCUACAGGACAAACCAGUGACAGACCUCACACAGGAAGACGUAUUCUACAGUCACUCCAGCCUGCAGUUUUACCAGAAAUGGCUGGAAUAAAGCCCAGCAGGUCAGGCAGCAUCUGUGGAGGGACAUCAGUAUUAAUAACUCUGAUUUCUGUGCACAGAUGCUGCCUGACCUGCUGAGCAUUUUUCGAGUAUUUGCAAUUCUUUGGGAUUUUUAUACAGUUUUACCAGAAUUAUUCCAAGUCCAAAGAGGUCCCAAACUCUCAACACCGCUCCUGGCAACAAGUGAACAUUAACAGUAUUUCACCAAGUCUCUUUAGGUUCCCAAUUUGUUCCAACCUUUAACUGGCUUUUCAUAUUUAAAAAAAAACAUUUGAAUUCUUGCUGUUGUGAUUCAGACUGCCCUUGGCUUCUGGACGAUUGUGACUGGACUCUUUAUUUAAACCAUCAAUUUUUAUUAUUGAGAAUGGAGCCUUACUCCAGCUGCCCUGUUGGAGUUGCUGUACUUCCCUUUUCCUUCGUACCAAUAUCAUUGCCCCAUCACAGCGUCCCAGUGAUCGGUUGGAGGAGCUGCUGCUUCAGAUUGAUACAGCAGUACUGGACUGGUCAGCUCAUGGGCAUCUCUGCUACCAGCUAUUCAACCACUGGCUGACACUGUCAGUCCUGAACUGCCCUUGCCCAACAUAAGGCCUUCUUGGAAUGGUAAGCAAUGCCCCAUUUUCAAUUUCUUUCUCUUUAGCUCAGGAUUCUGCAGAAAGAUUGCUGUAAUACUUUAUUCCAGAGUAACUCAGACAUCAGAGGGUUGUCUCACUAACCAUCAGGCAUUGGGAAUUAGGUGACAUAUUCUGCUCCGCUUUCAGAACACCACAGUGAAUAUUAACUCUCACUGGUAGAAUGUGUGAGCUGAGAUACAGUGAGGUGGAACUUUGUUAGUGAGGCAGCCCGGGCGUAAGGCAUUGCUAAAUUGUAGCCCCCUUCAAAUCCUCUUGGUUUGAAUCAUGUUCAGUUUGAGGUAGGGCUGGUGAACAGGCCAGUGUUGAGACUCCGUGCUGUGGUGAGGUUAGGAGAAAUGGUGAGGCUUACCUCCGCUCAAGUCACACAUCGAUGCCUUUACAAAAGAACUUCAAACUUCUCAAACACAUGCAACAUCAACCUGCUCUCUGUCUGAUAUACUCACUAACACAGCCAUUUUAGAGCACAUGCAGGUUCAUGUGAUUCAUUUCCCUAGAGGUCGCUGUAACAUUUUAAUUAACUUUGCACAAAUCGAGUGCCCCCUUAACUUCAUAUUGCAGUUCAGUUGUGUACACCUGGGAAUAACCUUUGGAGGUAAUGCCCCUUCCUACAUCACAACUGUGCCUGCACUUGCAAAAUCCAAGUUCUUUGUUUUACACAAAAGAGUUUGGGUUGUGAAAGAUGUUAUAGUCCUUCCUUUCCAGCAGCCCAGGGGAAGUCGAUUUUCUCUGAUCAGGCCAUUCAUUGCUUUCUCCCUGGUUCUGAGCUGAUUUAUUCUCUCUCUGUAUGUUUUUAAACAUGGGGAAUGUUAACACGGCCUUGGAUUGUGUUGUAAGAUGACAGCACUGGAGAUAUUGAUGAACUAGACUGAUUCAGAAAGAACAGUAAAACCACUAAUGCCACUGUGUGGUGCAUUGAGGCUCAGAUCUCCCAUUGACAUGUUUACAGUGUGGAUAGGGGGGGGCUCUUUACAAAAUGUUGUCCCUGUAAUGUGAUGAGACACUGAUGCCUCUCCGUGUUGCAGGGCAGAGUGUUCUCUCUGUAUGUGUGUAGGACAAAUAACUGUAACAGACCAUUGUUUACAAAUGAACUGUAAAGAAAUAAACAUUUGGACAAACACCA